AUGGUCGUUUCUAAAAGCCACAGUUCAGCCCAACUUGUACAAGUCACAUUUGCGUAUGACGAUGUAUACGUCGUGGUUAUUUCCCAAGCUAAUCAUCUUCCUUAUCAACACCACAAACAAGUUCCAGAGGACAUAUUGGUUACCGGACUCAUGCUCGAGCACAUCCAUGCUAAGAUGGAUAGCAUUACAACUCAUGUUCUUGCAUUGUUGAAUCGUUUGUUCAAAAUCGACCUUGUCCGCAUUUUCAUCGACUAUUUGAGAUUCGAGCUUGGGCCCUGCCGCGGAGGUCGGUUGUGGAAGGCCCCGACGACCGAAGUCGUGUUUUCGAGGUUCCGACAAGGUGAGGUUGGGUCGAUUGCAAUUUUAGAGGUCGGCCCAUCUGUGAGGUCGGCUGUUAUGUGUGGAAAUUUGAACUCGGCCCGGGUGGCGCCGUGGAACCUGAGCUAUGUUCGAUUCACAUCGGGUUCACAGUUGGCUGUUGUCAUGUGGAGAUUUGAUAUCGGCCCGGGUGGCGCCGUGGAACCUGAGCUAUGUUCGAUUCACGUCGGGUUCACAGUUGGCUGUGGUCAGCUUUGUGGUGACGUCGGCCCUAUUGAUUGGGGUGCCGACUGUCGUGGCGUCAGUGAGAUUGGCUGCUUCAAAGGCUCGCCGUGCGGCUGA